AUGUCUCAAGCCACAAGCUCGUCAAACCCAUCUCCGAGCAACCUAAGCCGACGGCCAUCGUCCGAGAUGAUGAGAUACUACCUCGCCAGUCGGCCCAGCACGACGACGGACAGACUUGUCCAGGGGAAUGUCAUGUCGGACGGAGACCUCAUGGAUAGCUUCAAGAGGAAGGAAAUCCAGAUGGAAGCGCUGGUAAAGCUGGCCAAAGGGCAGGGUUCGUCUAAGUCGACUUAG